AUGAGUGCACCGGUGGACGGUACCGGUGGUGGUGGUAUUGGGGACAAAUCGUCCUCCUCUUCGUCCUCGGUCAGCGGUGGAGGUGGCAAACCGGUGUCAUCCGCGGUGGCGGCGGCGGCCACCACGACGAUACCGAUCGAUUUGGCCUCGGCAUCCAAAGUUUUGGUGCGCACCGAUAAAACAACGAUGCCCACAACGACUUACAGAAUCGGUUCCGCACCCGGCAACCAGAUGCGUGUGGUCAUUCCGAGCAGUGCAGCGCAGCAGACGUACUACCGGCAGCCGGCAAACAUUAAGCAAGUUUUACGAUCCACCGCCACCUCUCCAGAUACGACGACAAAUCGGACACAGAUCAGUGCCCUGUCGGCGGCCCGUACCGUGGUAACGCAGACCGCUUCGCUGACCGUGUCCCGGGCACAAACGACCACACCGACCACCGUUUCGUAUCACGUCUCGAACCGUUGCGUGCCGGCCACACCGAUCGUGACGGCGAACCUGCCCCCGGGAGCGGUCCGGGCGACGACCAUCAACGGGCCGAUCCGUAUCUCAACCCCACCGAUUCAGGUGGCCACCAACAGUAACACUAGCGGCGGAAACACGGGCAACAGUGCCGGUGUCGUCAGCACCGGCGGCAGCACGACCUACGUCCGGAUGCCGCCGAAUGUGUUGCCGGCACGCAGUAGUGCGCAGGCGGCGGCAGCAACCACGGCCACCAUUAUCUCGCAAAGCAACCACAACAACAGCACGACGACGACGCUCGUGCCAAACUUUCAAAUGUCCGCCCAGCUGAUACGAGCCACCGGAGCAGGCGCGGUGGCCGUGACGGGCGGAGGGGCUGCAGGCGUUGGCGGAGGCGUGCCGAGGGCACGUGUUGUGACGCAAACCACCAUACCCACCAACCACCAUCCGGUGGUGGUGGCCAGCGGAGGAACCGCGACCCCGUUGGCCGUGGUAAACAGUUCGACACCAACCGUCGGAAGCGCACAGGGUGCGGUGGUCGGAAGCGGAGGACAGCAGACGGGUGUGGCCGUGAGCAACACGUCGCCCCAAGCCUUUGUCGCCACCCUGUCCACCGUCCUGCAGGCACCGCGUCAAGUGUCGACCCUCGUGUACACCAACAACAGUGCCACACAGCAGUACACGAUCGGUCCGAAUCAGCAGCAGCAGCACCGGUUGGCACUGGCCACCACCACGCUAUCGCCACAGCGACCUACCACGCUGGGGGGAGGGAGCGUGGGGUUGAGCACCCCCGGUACUGGAGGCAUCCGUCCGACGAUACAACGCCUUCCGACGGCCGGAAUUCGCGUGAGUAACUUCCGACCACCGGGGCUCGCUUCAACCACCGUCCUAACGACGAUCGCCUCCGGUGUUCCUGGCGUUUCCGGAACGGUAACUAAUUCCUCCCAGUCCACCGGACAACAGCUGCAACAGCAACGGACGGUGGCCACCGGGACCGUCGUGGCUCCGAACAUUUCGAACGCCAUUCCGGCGCGCAUCAUUCAGGUGCAAAAUCCCGCCAGUGGAACGGCCGGAACGGCGCAGAUAGUUAACGGACGGAUACAGACCAAUCUGCUCAACAUUCAGCCCCUGAUUGUGAGCAGCCAGAAUCGCCUAGCUGGCACUGGACCAGCGGGAACUACGGGAGGUUUGCAGCCGGCAGCGGGGCUCACGAUUGCACAGGUAGGCAAGCUAACCCAGGUGGCCGCUGGUACGGGAAAUGAACCGAUAACGACGUCGGCGGCCACGGCCACACUGCAGACGGCUUCCGGACAACAGAUAGUCGUCAGUACUACCGGACCUGGUGGAGGGGCAUCGCCUGCGGCCACGUUAAUAGCGGGCAAUCUGAUCGCUACCGGAAGUGGAGGCGCGACGCAUCAUGGAGGACAAAUUACGCACCAAAUUGUAGGGAUGAACGCACCGACCGUGGUUUCGGUGGCCACGGGUGCGGGAGCUGCCGGUGCGGGUGUUGUUGGUGGUGCCGGUACUGGAACGGCUACGACGGUCAUUCCGAUCCCGCUCGCCCUGACCGGUGCCCGUCAAGCGGCCGUAAGUGCGACCAGUGGUCAUAGUCCACUCAGUAUCGUGACGGGACCCACGGGCGGUACAUCGUUGGGCGGGAUCGUGCGAACCGGUGGCACAUCCGGUGUUGUAGGUACCGGAACGGCCACUUCGAUUGCGUCCGUCCUACCCAUAGCAAAGGUGACGCCUCAACAGCAACCCCUCGUGACGAGCUUAGUGGAAACGAAUGCCCCGAACACGGCGGCGGCGCUCCAUUACUCGGUGGCCAGUGGUGUGGUCGGAGCUGGGCCAUCACUGUACAUCCAAACGCGGCCAGGUGUGGCAUCGGGUGGUGCAGUGGCGGUAGCCACGAGCGGUAGUGUCGGAGUGCCGAAGGGCGCCACUGGAGCGACCCUCAGUGUAGUGUCAUCAACGGGAACGGGCGUGGGAGGCGGUGCUGGAGGUGGCACUUCCGGUGCGGGCGCUUCGGCCACAACUUUCCUGCCCACGUCCACCUUCUACUACGAACGGUUAACUUCUUCGCCGGCCGCUGGCUCUGUCUCGAUUGCGGCGGCCACAAGCGUCGGUGGCACUUCCGGCUCGGCGGUAACGCUCUCCUCUUCGACGGCCAUCACCACGACGAGUGCCAUCAGUGGGCCAGUGUUUUCGAUCUCUUCCUCCUCGAGCGUGAUCAGCAGCAGUGCCAGCAGCAACAGCAAUAGCGUCAGUUCCGCCAUCCAAAGCCAAUCCGGUGGCGCCCACCAUUCGGUUGUGUCGUCGCUGACGAGCUACGGAGCUUCCGGUUCGUUCGCCAUCGUCCAAGCUGCGGCCGGAGGUGGCCAGGGUGGAAGAGCUACACUGACGAGUGGACCGAUCCAUGGCCUCGUACCGGCAUCGCUGGCCAGUGCUGGUGGUGCAGGUGGAAACGUCGUCAGUACGACCGUAGCCGGAAGCAUCGUUUCGGUUUCCCGGGACCCUUCGGCAGCGGUUGUGGUUGGUGGGAGUGGUGGUGGCGGCGGCGGCGCUGGUGGAAACACCGGUGGCACUACCACGACACAGAUCGUUCCGAUUCGCUUCCACCCUCAGCUGCUGGUCGACGCUAGUGGUCAUCACCAGGCGCAGCAGAUCAUUGUCUCGAGUUCCGCUGGUGGUGGUUCGGGUGGAGGAAGCACCGCCACGAAUAUUGUCCCGUUGAUACCGGUGAACGCCACGGCGAUCAACGUUACCAGCACAAGCACCGGCGCUGGCAGCAAGCAGCAUCAGGUGGAAUCGCCCCAAUCGAGCAUUCUUCGCAAGCGGGCCCUCGAGGGGACACUGAAGACGCUGGCCACACCGGCCGCGGGUAGAGAUCUCACGCAGGCACUGAUGGCAGUGGAGAAGCAGCAGCAGCAACAGGAGCUCACUCUUCAACUGUUGCAACAACAUUCAGCACUACAACACCAACCGAUGGAGCUGCGUGGCGAGCUGAUCGGUUCUCCGAUGUCGCCCUCGAGGCCACCGUCCAGCGAUGGUUCCACCACGGUCAGUGCAACGUCCACCCCGGGGCUGGACGAUCAGGAGGAUAGCGAAAUGCGACCGAUACCGUAUCGCAAUAGUCACGGGGGCACAUCGACGGCUAUUGUUCUCGACGGAGGACACUUCAAACCGGUCCAGGAAGAACUGCACCACUUCCAGCAGCAGCAUCUUCCUCGGGAACUAGUGGCUCAUCAUCACCAUCAUCAUGGGGAGGGCUUCGUGGCAACACAGGGCGGUGCCAGCAGUGGGCAAACGGUCACUCAGAUUGUCAACCACCAUAUGGCCGUAGUUGGCAGCAGUAGCAGUGCCGCUGGAAAUGGUAGCAGCUACGAGCAAUCAUCGGCACGGAAGAAGGCGCGCAAACAGCUGCUUCAGCCAAUGAGCGACACUAGCACGGUUGGUGCCGGCAGUUCUUUGAUGAAAUCGAGUUCCUCUUCGUCGUCUUCCUCUUCCUCGGCCACCACCACGGCCACAGGACAAACGUCCUCGCAGCAACAGCAACAAGUGUUUAUGGCACAAGAUCACGUCGAUGGCGGUGGUGUUACGAUCGGCGGAGAUGGCACAUCGUACGCCAUGAGUACGGCUGGGCCAGGAAUCGUCAUACUUACCACCGGCGGUGCACAGCAUCACCUGGCCACCGGAGGUAGUCAUAAGCAUAAUAGUGUGUCCGGAGCGGUACCGAAGCCGAUUAGUGGUGCCGGUAGUAGUAAUAACAGCAGUCUCCAUAACAACGUUAAACUAGAACCACCGACCGCGGCGAGUGGCCAACAACACCAGCAGCAGCAAGAUGCUGGAGCGGCACCAGCACCGCAAUCCGGUGGUGGUUCCGUUGUGCCAUCAACGAAACCGAUCGUCAGCUCAUCGAGAAAGACGAAUAACGUUAGUUUACUGCAGUCGUACAAACAAACGUGGAAAGCGGCCAACAACCACUUCCAGCGAUACACCGACGUGAAGCAGCGCGAGGAGCGCCGACCGACCGUGAUGGACAUUGCGAACCAAUCGCACAUCCUGCAGAAGGUGAACGGCUGGAAGAUCUAUCAUCUGAGCGCGCAGAUUGAAGAGCUGUGCGAUUUGGAAUCUCAGGCGUACGGUAAGCUGGCACAGAUGCUACGCUCGAUGGAAGCGAGCGGGAGCGGCAGCAGCAGCAGUAGCAGCUCAGCGAGUGGUAGUGUCAGUUCCAUAAAGUCAUCUUCAACCGACAUUGAACGAAUCAACGAUCUGCUGAAGGGGAACAUGCAGCGCAGCAAGAUCGUGAUGGACGGCAUUAACGAGGCCCGCACGCAGAUCAUGAAAAUCUUCGACCACAAACCGCGCGUCUCCGACAUCAUUCUGCGGUGCGCGUCGAAGCGGAACUUCAAGAAGCGAGAAAAAACGUAAACGGUGCCGGAAUAGCUCAAAUUUUAACACCAUUCUGCAUCACCGCGUUUGGAGGCCAGUGCCCGGAGCAGAUGAAUCAUUCAUUAAUGAGUUUUUAGAUGAUCGCGCGCGGUUAGUAUUAUUCAGUUUGCACAGGUAGCUAAGAAGAGCCCUUGCGGGGGUCCCCAAGCAGAGCAGAGUGAUGUAAUUAAGUUUGUCCAUUGUAAAUAGCUCACCAGCUCGAGUAAUGACUACUCUCUGUACCGAUGUGAAGGAUGUGAUUUUAGAAAAGGACUGAUUCACCCUUGGAUCUUCCGUUGGUCGGUGAUAAGGGUGAAGGGUACGUUUUAAGACCCUCCUUUUUGUGUCAUACCUUGGCUCACAAGGAUGAACCUUCGAUCGUGGCGGGGGUUUUCUUCGUGGGAGCUACAUCUGGCGACUAGAGGAGUUCUUUCCUUGUUUUCAACGCAAUUCGACGCUGGAAUUCAAUUGGCCCAUUGUGUAUAAAGUUAACGUUAAGAAUAACAAAGCUUUUUCCUAUUUUUACAAAACAAAUGAUGAGCAGUCCAAACAAACACGUCUUUGGAUUUCUCCUUGUCGAAUAUUAAAAAAGGGAUGUUUGAGACCCUAGGUUUAAGAGAAAUAGAGAGAAAGAACGGCUAUUUUAAGGGCGAUAUUGUGGAAAGUGCAGCAAUAUAUCGUGAUACAGUUGCUGUCGGGAAGGUAGCAAGCAGUAUGAAAUUGAGCGAUAAGUUUUUACUUUUUGUAACUUUUAAUUCCUAGAACUGUAAGCGCCACCGUGGACACCGGACCACGGUCGAGAGAUAAUGAGGAUUGUUUAGUGAAAAGAUUUCUAACACAAACCCUCGAUGGCACGUUUGUAAAAAUAAUUCUAUUUGCUGUGCCGGUCGGUUGUCUGGUUAGGAAAAAAUGGAGAAUGAUGAAAUGUUGAAAAUAAAUGCU